UGAAUUCUGUUCUAGAAAUGUUCUCUAGACCUCUCCUCAUGUAGGGAUACUUAACUCGUGGAAAGUAGUUGUGUACAAGAUGAAGUAUUUCACAAAGUUGUUUAUUGUUGCAGCUUUCAUGGGUUUAGCCACAUGUCAAUCCACCGAUGAUUGCCCAGCCACUAUCCCCAGAGACACGUACCUCAAAAUAUUUGGCGGCUUUUGCUUUCAGUUUUUGGUAUCCCAGAAGCGGACCCACACCCAGGCUAGACAAGACUGCCAGAGCCGAGGUGGAACCCUGGCGCUGGUCAAAACUCAGGAGAUCCAAACUUUCCUCUACACCGCUCUAAGCAAUGACUUCCACGAGUCCUACGAUAAAAUCUGGAUAGGUCUGAACGACGUAGACAAGGAGAACGAGUUCAAAUGGGAGGACGGCGCCCCUUUGACCUACAGCAACUGGCAUGAGUUUUCAGGGCCGAACUCGACCUCCUACUCCCACGCUCUGAACCACAACGAGAACGACUGCGUGGUGAUUGACACUGAGAGCGACGGCAAGUGGGCAGAGUACCCUUGCGAGCAGCAGUCGUUCCUGCUUUUCUUCCACGAGGCCGAGCUGCACCCUUACAUCUGCCAGUACGUGGCCUCUGCUAGCACGGCUGUAACUGGAGGUGCUGGUACCACCGUGACGGUCAUGGCCAACCCUUGCCCCGCCUUCUCCUGCGAUCUUGACUGUGGUAUGAGUGGUUUCCAGAAAGACCAGUCAGGAUGUUCAGUGUGCAAAUGUGCUGUUUAGGAUUUUCAAUGUGCAAAUAUUUUAUAUUUGUACUAUACUAUUUUGUCUAUUAUAUUCAGUAAGCAAAAGUGCUAGCAAGAGAGCUAAUGUGUUACCAAUUUUUUUUAGAGUGCUAAUGUGUUACCAAUGUUGUCAGAGUGCUAAUGUUUUACCAAUGUUUUCAGAGUGCUAAUGUGUUACCAAUGUUUUCAGAGUGCCAAUGUGCUACCACUUUUUUUUAGAGUGUCAAAAUGUUGAAUGUUUGUGAUUUUACAAAAUGGUGUUAGCCUACUUUAGUCAAAUGUAAAUAUUCGUUUGUUAUGAAUCUCAUUGCUCUGUUUUGUGUCUGUUCCAAUUUCUAAAUGAUUUCUUGAGUUUAGGGGUCCCAAACAGAGGAUGCAUAUUCUAUUAUUGGCCUAAGGUUAAAUAACAUUUUAGUUUUAUGUUCACAUUUCAUGUAUAGACAUUUCUUUUAAUAAACCCUAAUCCUUUUUUUUUUAUUUUAAAAAAUAGUUUCAUCAAUAUGGGGAUUCCAUGACAAUUUUUCAUUUAUUAUCACACCUAGGUAUUUUGCGUUUUUAGUCUGUGUGACUGGUAUUUCAUGAUCAAGAUAAGUAGAAUUUGUUUGUUUUAGGAUUUUUUUUUGUUACUGUUAAUAACAGAUAUUUUUUUCUGGGUGGAAAGACAUGCUCCAAUUUGAUUCCCUCCCAUUUCUGUAAUUCAUCUAAUUCUCUUUGUAACUUUCCCUAUAGAAACUUUUUUUUAGUUCUUUUUGUUGAGCCAAUACAGUAAGCUUAUUACCUACUUUCAAAGGGGGUGCGGGUGGUGCUGUCUGCACAAAGUGACACCCAAGUGGAAAAAAUGCACUUUGGCAAAAAAAAAACAAAAAAACGUUAAAAAUUGACUGUAGAAAGAUCCAAAAUUAUACGAAUUUUUUUUUAAAUUAUAAAAUUAGGCCUAAUGAGGAAAAAUUCAAUUGCAAAACUUUUUUUUUGCUUUUUGUUGUUUUGGUAAGUAAAGGACUUGAUCGAGAAUUAGAAACUCACGAGAAGACUGAAGAAAAACAUUUAUCGGGCGUUUUAUUUGGAAAACUUUUGCAGCCGGACUUAGGUUAGAAAAAAAAACAUUACAAACUAACGUAAAGAAGAAAACUUGAGAAACAUCUUGAGAAAUAUCUUGCACUGACUGUUUGAUAUCACGAUGUUUCUAGUAAAGUAGACAUUAGUAUUUUGUGUGAAAUAGAAGAGUAUUCUUCAUUGAAUAAAGAAAAUGUUCUUGAGAUUUUGGAAAUGCUAUACAAAUAUGAACCAGUGCUGAAAUAAUAACUUUUAUUAUUGCAAAGCAGCGAUGCGCACAAAAAUGUUACAUUCCAGCCUUGUACCAAAAUUUAGAGAGUUUAUAGAUGCUUUAAAAGACCUAUAAAGAGACCUAAAUGAUGCAAGGUACUGUGAUAUCUUAAAAUGCCUAGAAAGAAAUAGGUUUCACUUAUCCAUGAGUUGUGCUCAGAGAUAUGAUACUAAGGCUAAAAUGUCUGUACUUCAUGAAGGAGUGCAGGCAAUGUUAAAAAAACAAACAAACGCAAUUUUAGUUUUAAUUUCUAGGGUAGAAAAAAAAAGUUUGAAAGAAUGAAAGGUCAGAAUGUAAUGAAGAUUAAUUACAUACACACACUCAAAUAUAUAU